CAAACAUACUGGUCAGGUCACUUGGGAGUAAUGUUAAAAUUUGCUUUGCAGAGAGAGCAAAAAAUCUGUUGUGAUGCCAUAAUAGCAGGUUCUCCCACAAGCAUCUGUAUAGUCCUCCACUCAAUUUAAAGAAACACAAAAUGAACAUACAACUCUAUCUGCUCUAUGCAGAUCAACUAGCAGCAGUUUUUUAUGUGAGAGGCUAAACAGAAAUUAAGAGGUGCAGGAUGAAAAGAUGGCACAAUCAGUGCUGGUACCACCAGGACCUGACAGCUUCCAUUAUUUCACAAGAGAGUCACUUGCAGCUAUUGAACAACGUAUUGCAGAAGAAAAAGCUAAGAAGUCCAAAGAAGAACGCAAAGAUGAUGAUGAUGAAAAUGGACCAAAGCCAAAUAGUGACUUGGAGGCAGGGAAGUCACUGCCAUUUAUUUAUGGUGACAUACCUCCAGAAAUGGUGUCCGAGCCCUUGGAGGACCUGGACCCAUACUACAUCAAUAAAAAAACUUUUAUAGUAUUGAAUAAAGGGAAGGCAAUCUUCCGAUUCAGUGCCACCUCUGCCGUGUACAUGUUAACUCCUUUCAAUCCCCUUAGAAAAAUAGCUAUUAAGAUUUUGGUACAUUCAUUAUUCAGCAUGCUUAUUAUGUGCACUAUUUUGACCAACUGUGUAUUUAUGACCAUGAGUAACCCUCCGGAUUGGACAAAGAAUGUAGAAUACACGUUCACUGGAAUUUAUACCUUUGAAUCGCUUAUAAAAAUUCUUGCAAGGGGAUUCUGUUUAGAAAAUUUUACUUUUCUCCGCGACCCAUGGAAUUGGCUGGAUUUCACUGUUAUUACAUUUGCGUAUGUAACAGAAUUUGUAAACCUAGGCAAUGUUUCAGCUCUUCGAACUUUCAGAGUAUUGAGAGCUUUGAAAACUAUUUCUGUAAUCCCAGGCUUGAAGACUAUUGUGGGAGCUCUAAUUCAGUCUGUGAAGAAGCUCUCGGAUGUAAUGAUCCUGACUGUGUUUUGUCUGAGUGUGUUUGCACUAAUAGGGCUACAGCUAUUCAUGGGCAACUUGAGGCAUAAAUGCUUGCAGUGGCCUCCAGACAACUCAACUUUUGAAAUAAAUGUUAUUUCCUACUUUAACAGCACAAUAGGUGAAAAUGGUUCAUUUGUUAAUGCAACAGUGAGCACGUUUAACUGGGAUGAGUACAUUGAAGAUACAAGUCAUUUUUACUUUUUGGAAGGGCAAAAUGAUGCUCUGCUGUGCGGCAAUGGCUCAGAUGCAGGUCAAUGUCCAGAAGGAUAUAUAUGUGUGAAAGCUGGUAGAAACCCCAAUUAUGGCUAUACAAGCUUCGAUACAUUCAGCUGGGCAUUCUUGUCACUGUUUCGACUGAUGACUCAGGACUUUUGGGAGAAUCUGUAUCAGCUGACAUUACGAGCUGCUGGCAAAACAUACAUGAUAUUUUUUGUGCUGGUAAUUUUCUUGGGCUCUUUCUACCUGAUUAACUUAAUCCUGGCUGUUGUUGCCAUGGCCUAUGAAGAACAGAACCAAGCAACCAUGGAAGAAGCAGAACAGAAAGAGGCAGAAUUUCAACAGAUGCUUGAACAGCUGAAAAAACAACAGGAAGAAGCUCAGGCAGCAGCAGUGGCGGCAGCAGCCGAUUCAAGAGAAUUCAGUGGAGUAGGUGGCAUAGCUGGAUUUUCUGAAAGUUCUUCUGAAGCAUCAAAGUUGAGUUCAAAGAGUGCUAAAGAGAGGAGGAACAGAAGAAAGAAAAAAAAGCAGAAGGAGCAAUCUGAAGGAGAGGGAAAGGAUGAGGAAGAAUUUCACAAAUCUGAAUCAGAAGACAGUAUCAGAAGGAAAGGCUUCCGAUUUUCUAUUGAAGGCAACAGAUUGACAUAUGAAAAGAGGUUCUCUUCUCCUCACCAGUCUUUGCUGAGCAUUCGUGGCUCCCUUUUUUCCCCAAGACGUAACAGCAGAGCAAGUCUUUUCAGCUUCAGAGGUCGAGCAAAAGAUGUAGGAUCAGAAAAUGACUUUGCUGAUGAUGAGCACAGCACUUUUGAAGACAAUGAGAGCAGAAGGGAUUCUCUCUUUGUUCCACACAGACAUGGUGAACGACGCAACAGUAAUAUUAGCCAGGCCAGUAGGUCAUCCAGGACCAUACCAGCACUUCCAGCAAAUGGGAAGAUGCAUAGUACUGUGGAUUGUAAUGGUGUAGUUUCUUUAGUUGGUGGACCUCCUGCUCUGACAUCACCUACUGGACAACUACUGCCAGAGGGCACCUCUACAGAAACAGAAUUAAGAAAGAGACGUUCAAGUUCUUACCAUGUUCCUAUGGACUACUUAACAGAUCCCAGUGCAAGGCAAAGAGCAAUGAGUAUAGCCAGCAUGCUCACAAAUACAAUGGAAGAACUUGAAGAAUCCAGACAGAAAUGUCCACCAUGCUGGUAUAAAUUUGCUAAUACGUGCUUGAUCUGGGACUGCUGCGCUCCAUGGUUAAAAGUAAAACAUAUUGUAAAUCUGAUUGUGAUGGAUCCAUUUGUUGAUCUUGCUAUAACUAUAUGCAUUGUUUUAAAUACUCUGUUUAUGGCUAUGGAGCAUUAUCCAAUGACAGAGCAGUUCAGCAGUGUGCUUUCAGUAGGAAACCUGGUAUUUACUGGGAUCUUCACAGCAGAAAUGUUUCUUAAGAUAGUUGCCAUGGAUCCUUACUAUUAUUUCCAAGAAGGAUGGAAUAUUUUUGAUGGUUUUAUUGUGAGCCUUAGUUUGAUGGAACUUGGUCUUGCAAAUGUGGAAGGCUUAUCUGUUCUCAGAUCUUUCAGACUGCUUCGAGUUUUCAAGUUAGCAAAAUCUUGGCCAACGCUAAAUAUGUUGAUAAAGAUUAUUGGUAACUCAGUGGGGGCUUUAGGAAAUUUAACCUUGGUGCUGGCCAUCAUUGUCUUCAUUUUUGCGGUGGUUGGCAUGCAGCUCUUUGGUAAAAGCUACAAGGAAUGUGUCUGCAAGAUCUCUAAUGACUGUGAACUUCCACGCUGGCACAUGCAUGACUUUUUCCACUCUUUCUUGAUUGUAUUCCGAGUGCUGUGUGGAGAAUGGAUAGAGACUAUGUGGGACUGUAUGGAGGUUGCAGGUCAAACCAUGUGCCUUACUGUCUUCAUGAUGGUCAUGGUGAUUGGAAACCUAGUGGUACUCAACCUCUUUCUGGCCUUGCUUCUGAGCUCAUUUAGUUCAGACAACCUUGCUGCUACAGAUGAUGAUAAUGAAAUGAACAAUUUGCAGAUUGCUGUGUCAAGGAUUCAGAAAGGAAUUGAUUUUGUGAAAAGAAAAGCACGUGAAUUCAUCCAAAAAGCUUUUGUAAGAAAGCAAAAAGCGUUAGAUGAAAUCAAACCUCUUGAAGAUCUCAACAACAAAAAAGACAGUUGCAUUUCCAACCAUACCAUAGUAGAAAUAGGUAAAAACCUUAACUAUCUUAAAGAAGGGAAUGGAACUACCAGCGGCAUAGGCAGCAGUGUGGAAAAAUAUGUCGUCGAUGAAAGUGAUUACAUGUCAUUCAUAAACAAUCCAAGCCUCACUGUGACAGUACCAAUUGCUGUCGGGGAAUCUGAUUUUGAAAAUUUAAAUACAGAGGAAUUUAGCAGUGAGUCAGAUCUGGAGGAAAGCAAAGAGAAGCUAAAUGCAUCCAGCUCAUCUGAAGGGAGCACAGUUGAUAUUGGACUUCCUCCAGAAGGAGAACAACCAGAAGUAGAACCUGAAGAUUCUCUUGAACCAGAGGCCUGUUUUACAGAAGGCUGCGUAAGGAGGUUCAAGUGCUGUCAAGUCAGCGUCGAAGAUGGGAAAGGAAAACUCUGGUGGAACCUUAGGAAAACCUGCUACAGAAUAGUUGAACACAACUGGUUUGAGACUUUCAUUGUCUUCAUGAUUCUUCUCAGCAGUGGUGCUCUGGCUUUCGAGGACAUAUAUAUUGAACAGCGCAAGACUAUCAAGACCAUGCUAGAAUAUGCUGACAAGGUCUUCACUUACAUCUUCAUUCUGGAAAUGCUUCUGAAAUGGGUGGCCUAUGGUUUUCAAACAUAUUUCACUAAUGCCUGGUGUUGGCUGGAUUUCUUGAUUGUCGAUGUCUCUUUGGUUAGCUUAACAGCUAAUGCCUUGGGCUACUCAGAACUUGGUGCGAUUAAAUCCCUUAGGACACUAAGAGCUUUGAGACCUCUAAGAGCCUUGUCACGAUUUGAAGGGAUGAGGGUGGUUGUGAAUGCCCUCUUAGGAGCAAUUCCAUCCAUUAUGAAUGUGCUUCUUGUUUGUCUCAUUUUUUGGCUAAUCUUCAGCAUCAUGGGAGUAAAUCUAUUUGCUGGCAAAUUCUACUACUGUGUUAACACCACAAAUGAUGAAAGGUUUGAUGUCAGCCAAAUCAAUAAUUACAGUCAAUGUGAGGACCUUAUAGCAAACAAUAAAACUGCCCGAUGGAAAAAUGUGAAAGUGAACUUUGAUAAUGUAGGACUUGGUUAUCUUUCUCUUCUUCAAGUUGCCACAUUUAAAGGAUGGAUGGAUAUCAUGUAUGCAGCAGUGGAUUCUCGCAAUGUAUUGGAUCAGCCUAUGUAUGAGGAAAACCUGUAUAUGUAUCUUUACUUUGUCAUCUUUAUAAUCUUUGGAUCAUUCUUUACCUUGAACCUGUUCAUUGGUGUCAUUAUUGAUAACUUCAACCAGCAGAAAAAGAAGUUUGGAGGGCAAGAUAUCUUCAUGACAGAAGAACAGAAGAAAUAUUACAAUGCAAUGAAAAAGUUGGGUUCAAAGAAACCACAAAAACCUAUACCUAGACCAGCGAACAAGUUUCAAGGCAUGGUCUUCGACUUUGUUACAAAACAAGCAUUUGAUAUCAGUAUUAUGAUUCUUAUCUGUCUUAACAUGGUCACCAUGAUGGUAGAAACGGAUGAUCAGAGUAAAGAAAUGGAAACUAUUUUAUCUCGGAUUAACCUAGUGUUUAUUGUCCUUUUCACCGGAGAAUGUGUCCUGAAACUGAUCUCACUCCGCCAUUACUACUUCACCAUAGGCUGGAACAUUUUUGAUUUUGUGGUUGUUAUUCUCUCCAUAGUAGGAAUGUUUCUAGCUGAGUUGAUCGAAAAAUAUUUUGUGUCCCCCACCUUGUUCAGAGUCAUCCGACUCGCCAGAAUUGGUCGAAUCCUGCGACUCAUUAAGGGAGCUAAAGGGAUUCGCACUUUGCUCUUUGCUUUGAUGAUGUCUCUUCCUGCUUUGUUUAACAUUGGCCUCCUGCUCUUCCUGGUCAUGUUUAUCUAUGCCAUAUUUGGAAUGUCCAACUUUGCCUAUGUUAAGAGGGAAGUUGGGAUCGAUGACAUGUUCAACUUUGAAACUUUUGGCAACAGCAUGAUCUGCCUAUUUCAAAUUACCACAUCUGCUGGUUGGGAUGGCUUGUUAGCACCAAUUCUUAACAGUGGGGAACCAGACUGUGACCCACAUAAAGAUCACCCUGGAAGCUCUGUUAAAGGAGACUGUGGUAACCCUUCAGUUGGGAUUUUCUUUUUUGUCAGUUACAUUAUCAUAUCAUUUCUAGUUGUAGUAAACAUGUAUAUUGCUGUGAUUUUGGAGAACUUCAGUGUUGCAACUGAAGAAAGUGCUGAGCCCUUAAGUGAGGAUGACUUUGAGAUGUUCUAUGAGGUCUGGGAAAAGUUUGAUCCAGAUGCAACCCAGUUUAUAGAAUACAGUAAACUGUCUGACUUUGCAGCUUCUCUGGAUCCUCCUCUUCUUAUAGCAAAGCCCAACAAAGUCCAGCUUAUUGCAAUGGAUCUGCCCAUGGUAAGUGGUGAUAGAAUUCACUGCCUGGACAUCUUGUUUGCUUUUACAAAGCGUGUUUUGGGUGAAAGUGGGGAGAUGGAUGCACUUCGAAUACAAAUGGAAGAUCGGUUUAUGGCAGCCAAUCCUUCUAAGGUCUCCUAUGAACCAAUUACAACCACAUUAAAAAGGAAACAAGAAGAGGUAUCUGCUGUCAUCAUUCAACGUGCUUACAGACGGCACCUUUUAAGGCAAAAAGUUAAAAAAGUUUCAUGUAUGUUUAAAAAAGAAGACAAAGAUGAGGAUGACCUGCCUAUCAAAGAAGAUAUGAUUAUGGAUAAGCUGAAUGAGAACUCCACUCCAGAAAAAACAGAUAUGACUCCUUCCACAACCUCUCCACCUUCCUACGAUAGUGUAACAAAGCCUGACAAAGAGAAAUAUGAAAAAGACAAAUCAGAGAAGGAAGAUAAAGGUAAAGACAUCAGGGAAAGUAAAAAGUAA